AUGUGCCAGGUCGUGGUUGUUUGCAAACUGCAUAGCUUUCGGCCAGGCAAUGUACCAACUGAGACUGCGAUGUGUUCAAUUGUUUUCACUCGUGUCACAACACGGCAAACCAGCACCCUGGAUCCGUGCUGUUCUGCCACGCGGGAAGCCAGUUCGCAUGUGCUUCAGGACGCGCAGCAACAUAUUCGCCAGCAACUAGUUGGUGACUGGCAGAAUUUGUUGGCUUGCUCUGCAGAUCUGAGCUGGCUUGGUUUGCGGGCUUACGCGCCAAGUCCUGGCUGUUUGCAAACAAAUGUAGCUUUCGGCCAGGAGAUGAUGUAG